ACACCUAACAGGAUGUUCCUGAAUGCCAUUCAGCGAUUGGACAUUGUGUGUUAACAGGCGUUCUUUGAAACUAGAAGGCAUUUAUGAAGUAUCACUUGACACUAAUAAAAGACUUAUUAAUAACAUAAUCUCCAAAACAGGGUGUUUAUCGGGCCAUGAUUCUUGUAAAAAUGGACUCCCAUUGUGUGGCAGAGGGCAGGCCAGUCGAGGUGGACGGCACCGGCUUGAACGGUGAGCUCAUGGUCGCAUUUGUGUGCGAUCCAGCUCCUGUCCACAGCUGUCACACAGGGCCUGACGUGGCUUUACAUUCCUGCUGUGAGCUAUAAGUCCUGUUCAGAUCUCAGUCUGGCAGGUCUGCUGGCAUUAGUGAAAGUUUGCGACUUGCAAAUACUCUGGGUUAACUUCUUUCUAUAUUUUAUUUUGUCAUAAUGGACGAGAACAUCCUCUGGGCGACGUCUGUGGUUGAUAGAAGAGCGGCUCUUGAUGAACGGGAGGAGGCAGAGGGUCAAGUGAGAAAGAUCUCCUCUGAUCUGAGAAGUGAGAUUGUUGAUCUGGGGGGUGCAGAGAACAUUAUUGAGCUGCGUAUGAAGAAGAAGAUCAGGAACAAAACCGCAAAAGCUCCCAAAGACCCAAUGGAUGUUCCAGUGGAACCUGUGGAACAGGAUGAGUUUUUAAAAGCAGCAGCUCAGGGAAAGAUUGAAGUAGUUGAGAAAUUUCUGGAAGAUGGAGGAGAUCCCAACAUCUGUGAUGAGUUCAAGAAAACAGCCCUGCAUCAGGCUGCUUUGGAAGAUCAUGCUAAAAUAUUGGAAAAAUUACUGGACAAAGGUGCUGAUAUCAACUUUAAAGACCGGCUGGACUCCAGAGCUGUACAUUGGGCUUGCAGAGGUGGAAGUCUCUCAGCACUAAAGGUUCUUCAGGACAGGGGAGCUGACAUCAAUGUCAGAGACAAAUUGCUUAGCUCACCUUUGCAUGUGGCCACACGGACAGGUCACAGUGAAGUGGUCCAACAUCUUUUAACCAGUGGAAUCAAUAUUAAUGCCAAAGAUUGGGAAGGAGACACGGCACUGCAUGAUGCUGUCAGAUUAAAUCGAUAUAAAAUUGUCAAACUCCUUAUACUAGCAGGAGCCGAUAUGCAGAUCAAGAAUGCUGAGGGCAUUACGGCCACAGAACAGGUGAAGCAAUGGCAGUUUGACACAAAGGAGACACUGGAGAAACUAGAACAGAUGUGAGAGGUUGGUCUGGUCUGACAGACUCAUGGAGAUGCAUUGGAUUCAUUAGAGCGUCUGUGAACAGGUGCACAGCUGGAGAACAACCCCACCUCUGUCUGAGUAACUAUUUACUUUCUGUGUUAAUUAGUGAUGAAAGGUGCCUGUCCUCACUAAUUCAUUAGUAUACUGGAUAAAUGAGCUUUUAUUAAUCUAUAUACCAAUGAGGCUUAAAAUGUGUAUUUUGUAUAUUUGCAGGAGUUAUUAUUAAAAGAGAGCAUGGUAAAACAGGUAGGGUCCAGAAACAGCAAACAGUAACAGCAGAGACAAGGCAAAAGAGAAUCCAUGUAUCAUUCCUUCAUUCGUAUUUUUUAAUUUAAUAUUGAAAGUAGAAAAAUGAUAAAACGGCUCAUUAUUGUUUUUUUUGUUUUUUUUUUGGAAUAAUG